CCUGCCCCGCCCGCGUCUCCUCGGGCUUGGGAAUUUGCUGAGGAGACCUGAGCGGCUCCGGGGGGCACGCGGAGCCCCAGGUCCGCCCCACGCCAGCCGGGCGGGGGGCCAGGGAUCAUCGCAAGUUUCCAAGCCACACGCAAGAACCCGGAGACCGCCAGGCAACGAGCCCCGCGUGCAGCACUCCGGAUCCGGCUGGGAGCCGAGAGCAUGGGCAGCAACCGGAGCGCGCCCGGGCGGCCGGGCCGGAUUGGCAGCUGCCUCGGCGGCCGGGAAGCGAGAGCACGGCCCCGGCUGCUACCGCUGCUGCUGGUGCUUCUGGACUGUCUGGGCCGCAGCGCAGUGGCCGAGGACGCAGAAGUCCUCGCCGAGAACUGGCUGCGGCUCUAUGGCUACCUGCCCCAACCCAGCCGCCACAUGUCCACCAUGCGCUCCGCCCAGAUCCUGGCCUCAGCCCUGGCUGAGAUGCAGCGCUUCUAUGGGAUCCCUGUCACUGGUGUGCUUGAUGAAGAGACCAAGGCGUGGAUGAAGCGGCCACGCUGCGGGGUGCCCGACCAGUUCGGAGUGCGCGUGAAGGCCAACCUGCGACGUCGCCGGAAGCGCUACGCCCUGACAGGGCGGAAGUGGAGCAACCACCACCUGACCUUCAGCAUCCAGAAUUACACAGAGAAGCUGGGCUGGUACAACUCGAUGGAGGCAGUGCGCAGGGCCUUCCGCGUGUGGGAGCAGGCCACACCCUUGCUCUUCCAGGAGGUGCCUUACGAGGACAUCCGGCUGCGACGGCAGAAGGAGGCUGACAUCAUGGUACUCUUUGCCUCUGGCUUCCAUGGCGACAGCUCGCCGUUUGAUGGCACAGGUGGCUUUCUGGCCCACGCUUACUUCCCCGGCCCUGGUCUGGGUGGUGACACGCAUUUCGACGCCGAUGAGCCCUGGACCUUCUCCAGCACUGACCUGCAUGGAAACAGCCUCUUUCUGGUGGCAGUCCACGAGUUGGGCCACGCACUGGGGCUGGAGCAUUCAAGCAACCCCAGUGCCAUCAUGGCUCCCUUCUACCAAUGGAUGGACACUGACAACUUCCAGCUGCCCGAAGACGACCUCCGAGGCAUCCAGCAGCUAUAUGGCACCCCAGAUGGUCAGCCACAGCCCACCCGGCCUCUCCCCACUGUGACACCCCGGCGGCCAGGCCGGCCAGACCACCGGCCUCCCAGGCCUCCCCAGCCACCACCUCCGGGUGGGAAGCCAGAGAGGCCUCCCAGGCCAGGCCCUCCAGCCCAGCCCCGAGCCACAGAGAGGCCCGACCAGUAUGGCCCCAACAUCUGCCAUGGCAACUUUGAUACAGUGGCCAUGCUUCGCGGGGAGAUGUUUGUGUUCAAGGGCCGCUGGUUCUGGCGAGUGCGGCACAAUCGUGUCCUGGACAACUAUCCCAUGCCCAUUGGCCACUUCUGGCGUGGUCUACCCGGUGACAUCAGUGCGGCCUAUGAGCGUCAGGACGGACGUUUUGUCUUCUUCAAAGGUGACCGCUUCUGGCUCUUCCGAGAAGCCAACCUGGAGCCUGGCUACCCACUGCCACUGAGAAACUAUGGCACAGAUAUCCCCUAUGACCGCAUUGAUGCAGCCAUCUGGUGGGAGCCCACAGGCCACACCUUCUUCUUCCAAGCAGAUAGGUACUGGCGCUUCAAUGAGGAGACACAACAUGGAGACCCUGGCUACCCCAAACCCAUCAGUGUCUGGCAGGGGGUUCCUGCCUCCCCCAAAGGGGCUUUCCUGAGCAACGAUGCAGCCUAUACCUACUUCUAUAAGGGCACAAAAUACUGGAAAUUUGACAACGAGCGCCUGCGGAUGGAGCCUGGCUACCCCAAGUCCAUCCUGCGGGACUUCAUGGGCUGCGAGGAGCACACGGAACCCGGACCUCGGUGGCCUGACGUGGCCCGUCCACCUUUCAACCCCGACGGGGGUGCAGAGCCUGGGGUGGACGGUGACAGCGAAGAAGGCGACGUGGGCGGUGGUGGCACCGGCGAGGACAGGGACAAGGACGGGGGCAGCCGCGUGGUGGUGCAGAUGGAAGAGGUGGUGCGGACAGUGAACGUGGUCGUGGUGCUGGUGCCCCUGCUGCUGGUGCUGUGCAUCCUGGGCCUGGCCUUCGCCCUGGUACAGAUGCAGCGCAAGGGCGCUCCCCGCAUGCUGCUCUACUGCAAGCGCUCGCUGCAGGAGUGGGUCUGACGCGCCACCCGCUCUGCAGUGCGCCUGGUGCUCAGGGCCAGUCGGCUGGUUCCCAUAUGCUCCCUCGGCCCCUUGGGGCCCCUCCCAGCACACACAUCUCCAGUCAGCCCGGCCCUUCUUCUUUAUUUAUGCCCAGGUAUCUGUUUUCUCUCUGGCAUCCUCUCCAAGCAUUCGUUUUCUCUUUCCUGAUCAGGGCUGGGUGCUACGUAGAGGUCUCUAAAAGUAUGUCUGCUCCAGACAGGGAAUUGACUGUGGCUCAGCCACGGCCAGAGGGACAAGGGACAGAGGCCCACCCAGAAAGGUGGCAGAGGGCUGGGCUAGGGAGUUUCUUUCAGCACUGGCCCUUCUCAGCCUGAGCUCCUAGGCCAUAACCAUGGGCUCGGUUUGCCUUGAAUGAGCCUCGUUGUGGUUCCAUCUUCCUGAAUCUGCCUUACAAAAUUUGUUCCCAGGGGCCACCCCAGCUGGAGAGAGAAGAGUCCACUGGCCCUGAGUUACCCUGAGGUUUGGCUCGAACUCAAGCCACCUCUAAGAGCCAGGUAGCCUGGGUGCCCCACCCCAUCCUGGCCAGCCAGCAGCUCCCACACUCCCCUAGGCCCAUGGCACCUUCCCUCUGGGGAGUGGCCCUGGGCCUGCCUCACCAAGGACCAAAGGGAGUCUGCUAAGCCCCCUCUCAACACGAAUGUGGGCCUCACGCCUCCAGCUACCCCUUCUCUCAGCUGUGACCGCUUCUGGGCUUCUCCCCACUCUCUUGUACUCCUCCCUCCCGCUGGCUUCCGGGUCUCAGAAUUUCCUGAGCUUCAGGCUCUGGCUGCCCUUUUCAGACCCUUGACAAGAACUGGGCUGACCAGUUCCCCGGGCUGAGGCAGCGGAGUCCACAGACAGUGUCCACUGGUAUGGAAGCCCACGGUGCCACACACUAGGCUUGUGGACUUCUUUGCCUCCAAGUCCCUAUGUCCCCCACCCACAAGACACUGGUAGGAACAUGCUAGCCCAUAAAGCACUCGUAGGGGCAGGCUAGCAGCUCGUCCCAUACACCCACUGUGGAACCCCCCAGAGGAGCAGUCCACCGUAGCCUGGAGGGAGGAGGUUCCCUUCCUCUUUUCCCUCCCAAAAUCAGCAGGAGGCUGCUGUGGGAAUCGGUACUGUACAGCUGGCUCUGUCCCCUCUGUUCCCCUGAAGCCCUGAGCAAUAAGAGCCACCACCCAGGAUACCCUGGGCCACUCUCCAAGUGAUGGCUUCUUAUCACCUUGCACUGAAGGACUGGCACCCAGCAACUUCUCCCUAGACCCACCUCUGCAGAAUCAGAGCCAGCAAGGGGUGGGGAGUGGGGUGGUGUCCACCACCAUCUGUUGAGUUCUGUAAAUAACCUACACUGAUUGAAUAAAUGUCCAGCCAGUGACUGUG